CGGCGGGCCAUGGCAGGCCCCAGGCUUUGGUUUUCGCUGCUGCUGGCGGCGGCGUUCGCGGAGCCGGCGACGGCCCUGUGGCCCUGGCCCCAAUACAUCCAGACCUCCGACCGGCGCUACGUCCUCUAUCCGAACAACUUCCAAUUCCAGUACCACGUCAGUUCGGCCGCGCAGCCCGGCUGCUCCGUCCUCGACGAGGCCUUCCAGCGCUACCGCGACCUGCUCUUCGGUUCCGGGUCUUGGCCCCGACCGAACCUCACAGGAAAACGGCACACUUUGGAGAAGAAUAUAUUGGUUGUCUCUGUAGUCACAUCUGGAUGGAACCAGUUUCCUACUUUGGAGUCAGUGGAGAAUUAUACCCUGACCAUAAAUGAUGACGAAUGUUUACUCCUCUCUGAGACUGUCUGGGGAGCUCUCCGAGGUCUGGAGACUUUUAGCCAGCUUGUCUGGAAAUCUGCUGAGGGCACAUUCUUUAUAAACAAGACCGAGAUCGAAGACUUUCCCCGCUUCCCUCACCGGGGCCUGCUGUUGGAUACAUCUCGCCAUUACCUGCCACUGUCUAGCAUCCUGGACACUCUGGGGUCCUACAACCCUGUCACCCACAUCUACACAGCGCAGGAUGUGAAAGAGGUGAUUGAAUACGCACGGCUUCGGGGCAUCCGCGUGCUGGCAGAGUUUGACACUCCUGGCCACACUUUGUCUUGGGGACCAGGUAAGAAUAACUCCAACCCAGAUAUCCAGGCCUUUAUGAAGAAGAAAGGCUUUGGUGAGGACUUCAAGCAGCUGGAGUCCUACUACAUCCAGACGCUGCUGAACAUCGUCUCCUCUUAUGGCAAGGGCUACGUGGUGUGGCAGGAGGUGUUUGAUAAUAAAGUAAAGGUUCGGCCAGACACAAUCAUACAGGUGUGGCGAGAAGAGGUGCCAGUAAGCUACAUGAAGGAGCUGGAACUGAUCACCGAGUCUGGCUUCCGGGCCCUGCUCUCUGCCCCCUGGUACCUGAACCGUAUAUCUUAUGGCCCUGAUUGGAAGGAGUUCUACCUAGUGGAACCCCUGGACUUUGAAGGUGCCCCUCAGCAGAAGGCUCUGGUGAUUGGUGGAGAGGCCUGCAUGUGGGGAGAGUAUGUGGACGGCACAAACCUGGUCCCCAGGCUCUGGCCCAGAGGAGGGGCUGUUGCUGAGCGGCUGUGGAGCGACAAGCUGAUAGCUGACCUGAAAUUUGCCCAUAAACGUCUGUCGCGCUUCCGCUGUGAGUUGCUGAGGCGAGGUGUCCAGGCCCAGCCCCUCAACGUAGGCUACUGUGAGCAGGAGUUUGAACAGACCUGAGCCAGCUGCUCCAGGCACCGAGGAGGGUGCUGGCCCAAGGAGAGGUGGUGGGGACAGGCUUUCACUGCAUCCUGGCCAGGGGACGGAGCCCCUUGCCACGUGCCCCUGUGCCCGGAAAGAAGGGGGCUGGUGCUGACACUGGCGUCCAAUAAAGAGUGAUGUGGCAUCUUUUUAUAAUAAAUAUGGACUACCUGUGU